AUGUCUACCGAUCAUCUUAAAAUACAAUUUAAACUUCAUCCUGUUCCAGAAUGUCUUUUAUCACGUAAUCCUCCUCCACAUGUUAAUUCUAUUGAACAAUAUAAAAAGCUUUAUGAAGAGAGUAUUAAAAAUCCUACAGAAUUUUGGGGAAAACUCGCUAAUGAACUUCUUACUUGGCACACUCCUUUCCAAACCGUUCUAUCUGGAGGUUUUGAACAUGGUGAUGUUGCUUGGUUCCGUGAAGGACAAUUGAAUGCUUCCUAUAAUUGUCUAGAUAGACAUGCUAUUAAAAAUCCUGACAAGGUUGCGAUCAUUUAUGAAGCUGAUGAACCUGGUCAAGGUCGUAAGAUCACUUACGGUGAACUUUUACGUGAUGUUUGCCGUUUCGCUAAUGUGUUGAAAGCUCAUGGUGUGAAAAAAGGAGAUACAGUUUCUAUAUACAUGCCAAUGGUACCUGAAGCAGCUAUUGCUAUUUUAGCUUGCGCUCGUCUCGGUGCCGUGCAUUCCGUAGUAUUUGCCGGCUUCUCUCCAGGUUCUUUACGUGAUCGUAUACUGGAUGCUUCUAGUAAAAUUGUUAUAACUGCUGAUGAGGGUUGUCGUGGUGGUAGAACUAUUCAUACUAAAAAGAUUGUUGAUGAGGCUUUAUUAGGAUGCCCUGGAGUCGAACACGUUUUUGUAUUUCGUCGUACUGGAUCUUCAGUUCCGUUCUCCUCCCCUCGUGACGUAUGGUGGCAUGAUGAACUUGAAAAACAUCGUCCUUAUUGUCCACCUGAAAUCGUCAACGCUGAGGAUCCUCUUUUCAUAAUAUAUACUUCUGGUUCUACUGGUAAACCAAAAGGUGUCAUCCACACUACCGGAGGUUACUUAUUAAGUGCUGCUGCUACUCUUAAAUAUGUUUUUGAUUAUCAUGAAGGUGAUAUCAUGGGUUGUAUGGGUGAUAUUGGUUGGAUGACCGGUCAUAAUUGUAUUAUCUAUGGUCCUUUGGCAAAUGGUGGUACUGCAGUAUUAUUUGAAUCAACUCCAAUAUAUCCUACUCCAAGCCGAUAUUGGGAAGUUGUUUCCAAGCAUAAGAUUACACAAUUUUAUACCGCACCAACUGCCAUUCGUUUAUUACGUAAAUUUGGCCGUGAAUACGUAGAUCCUCAUGAUCUUUCAAGUUUAAGAGUCAUUGGUACAGCUGGUGAACCUAUCAACCCUGAUGCUUGGGAAUGGUAUAAUGAGGUUGUCGGUCGAAAUGUUUGUUCGGUGAUUGACACUUAUUGGCAGACCGAAACUGGGUCGGUCACUGUGACAUCUUUUCCCGGAGCCACUGCGACAAAACCUGGUUCAGCUACCUUUCCUUUCUUUGGUAUUGACCUUGCAAUACUUAAUCCGGAUACCGGUGAAGAGAUAGAAACAACCGAAGCAGAAGGUGUUUUGGCCAUACGUCGACCUUGGCCAUCAAUGGCACGUACUAUUUACAAUAAUCACAAUCGAUAUCUUGAUACUUAUAUGAGACCCUAUAAAGGUUAUUACUUUACAGGUGACGGUGUUGGCCGAGAUCAUGAUGGAUAUUAUUGGAUUCGUGGACGUGUGGAUGAUGUUAUUAAUGUAUCAGGUCACAGAUUAUCAACUUCAGAAAUCGAAUCCGCUUUAAUAAUGCAUCCUGCGACUGCUGAAGCUGCAGCUAUUGGUGUAUAUAAUGAAAUAAAAGGACAAUGUGUGCAAGCUUUUGUUACUUUGAAACCAAAUAGUGAUGAUACUGAUGUAAAAGAUUUAAUCUUGCAAGUACGUAAAUUUAUUGGCCCUUUUGCUGCACCAGAAAAAGUUUAUAUUGUCAAUGAUCUACCAAAAACUAGAAGUGGAAAAAUAAUGAGACGUAUUUUGAGAAAAAUUGUGGAAGGUCAAACUGACUCUUUAGGUGACUUAAGUACUUUAGCUAAUCCUAAUACAGUUGGUACAUUGAUCGAAGAAGUUAAAAAUUCGUAG